AUGGCCUUGCAGAGGUCGAUGGCCAGGUUGUGCCGGCGGGAGAUGGGCGGCAGCAUGUGGAGAGCAUCGAGCAUUGCAAACAAUUAUAGCCAAAAGGGAUGCGGAAUGGCCACCGCAGUGCCGCCCGUCACGCAAAGCUCGACCGGAGCCAAAGGCCCCACUGCGAUGGUCUUUUUGAAUAUGGGCGGACCCUCGACAACGGACGAGGUCGGCGACUUCUUGAGCAGGCUAUUCGCGGAUGGCGAUUUAAUACCUCUUGGUCGACUUCAAUCCUAUCUCGGACCCCUCAUAUCCCGUCGAAGAACGCCCAAAAUUCAGAAGCAGUACGCAGAGAUCGGCGGCGGGUCUCCAAUCCGGAAAUGGUCUGAAUACCAGUGCGAGGAGAUGUGUAAAAUACUGGAUAAGAUCUCGCCUGAAACCGCUCCUCAUAAGCCAUACGUCGCCUUUCGAUAUGCCGCUCCCCUAACAGAAGAAAUGUACACUAAACUACUCGACGAUGGAUUUGGUGGAGGCCGGGCAGGUCGGGCGGUAGCGUUUACUCAAUAUCCCCAAUACUCGUGCUCCACAACAGGCAGUUCACUGAACGAGUUAUGGAAAUGGAGAAACCGAUUAGAAACGAAGCGUGGGAAUGGCGGGGUCGAACCGACUGGUACAAUACAAUGGAGUGUGAUCGAUCGAUGGCCAACCCAUGCUGGCUUAGUCGAGGCGUUUGCUCAGAACAUCGAGGCACAGUUGAAGACAUACCCUGAAGAGCGAAGAAAGGAUGUUGUGUUGCUAUUUUCAGCUCACAGUCUACCAAUGAGUGUCGUCAAUCGAGGUGACCCUUACCCUGCCGAGGUGGCCGCAACCGUUCAUGCCGUGAUGCAACGGCUAAAAUUCUCAAACCCUUAUCGACUUUGCUGGCAGUCGCAAGUUGGGCCAUCCGCAUGGCUCGGCGCGCAGACCAGUCACACUGUUGAGAACUACGUGAAACGCGGCCAGACCGAUCUCUUACUUGUCCCCAUCGCCUUUACCAGUGAUCAUAUUGAAACUUUAUAUGAACUCGACCAGGAAGUCAUAAAGGAUGCUAACAGCCCGGGGGUGAAGCGCGCUGAGAGUUUGAACGGCAAUCCGGUAUUCAUCCAGGGCCUUGCAGACCUUGCAGCUGAGCAUUUACGCAGUAACGAGACUUGCUCCCUCCAGAUGACUCUAAGAUGCCAAGGCUGUACGAGCGACAGAUGUUUAUAUCAGAAGAAAUUCUUUGCUGGGCCGCAGUACAGCCAUCUUGUACGAUAA